CUCUUUCUUCAGAUAACCGAAUUUAGCCAGCCAAACAGGAUCGACCUCUCUCUUUCUCUCCGUCAGCCCUGCAGCCACAGGCGCGCAAGCCCGUGGAAAGGCAUGUCACAGCUGAAAGAAAACCAACCCUCCCCGAUCUGCGUGGAAAGCAAGCACGGCGGCGACCAUUUUCCAGCUUGACGCACGGGCUUCUUUAUUCGCAAUCCCGAUAGGAAUCGGGGUGACCUCUGGGCUGUGCGGCUCUUUUAUUUUUUUUAAAUUACCUUAUAUAUUAACCAUGAUUCCAAGUCCAGUCGUGGCUGCGUCCACCACGCCCUUUUCCGUAAAGGACAUCCUAAAGCUGGAGCUGCAGCAGCAGUCUCAGCAGCACCAACUUCAGCUGAUCUCCUGCUUCGGCCUCUCCGGCGCGCUGCCACAGCAGGGAGCCUUCCCGAACAAGGCGUUCGGCUCUCACUCGCCUCCCUCCUGCAUGCUGGCGGGCAGGGACAGCCCCAGUCCCAUCAGCUCCUGCCUGUCGGAGAGCGAUGAGAGGAUGUCUUACCUUAGCGCGCUGAGCGUCCAGGACCGACUGACUGAGUCCGGGCUGGCCGGGGAGGUGUUCGGAGACACGGCACAAAUUCACUCCGGAGACCCGCGCCUGGAGACCGAACAGGAGGAGCACGACAGCAAGAGCUGCUCCGCUUUGCGAGGCGACUGCGGGGAGGAUGCGGGGUCGGAGAAGGCCGCCGCCAAGCAGCAGAGGACCAGGAGGAAGCCCCGCGUCCUCUUCUCCCAGGCCCAGGUGUUCGAGCUGGAGCGACGCUUCAAGCAGCAGCGCUACCUGUCCGCGCCGGAGCGGGAGCACCUGGCCAGCUCCCUGAAACUCACCUCCACGCAGGUCAAGAUCUGGUUCCAGAACAGGAGGUACAAAUGCAAGAGACAGCGGCAGGACAAGACUCUGGAGAUGGCGGGCCACCAUCAUCACCACCACCAUCAUCAUCACCACCCGGCUCCGCCGCCGCCGCGGAGGGUGGCCGUGCCCGUCCUGGUCCGGGACGGCAGGCCUUGCCUGGCCGGAUCGCAGAACUACAACAGUCCUUACACAGUCGCAGCUCCGAGCCCUUACAGCUACAACUACCCGGCCUACAGCUACAAUAGCUCUGUGUACAGCAACAAUUACUCUUGCACGUACAGUUUACCCGCUCUCCCGCCGAGCAACAGCACUCCGAGUGCGUUCGUGAACAUGAAUUUGGGAAACGUGGGCGCGCAAGCGCAAAGCCAGGCUCCUCAGGGACCGGCGAUCCCAUCCUGCCAGGGAACUCUGCAGGGCAUCCGGGCAUGGUAGCAGGGACAGAGCUCAAUGGAUACCUGGAUGAACUCAAACAUGCAACUCAUUGUCAUGCAAACGCCUUGUACGUUGGCUUUAAGCAGGCGCAGCCUAUAUGAAGUAACCAUAAUACAGAUUGAGAUUUUUUUUAAAUAUUUAAAAUGCGUUUUCUCAGAUCUGCCUGGACUGUUGGCAACGAUCGAACGUGGAUGUAAAGUGAUUGAGAAAGGACAGAAAGCUGUGUGUUCAUUUAUGAAUUAGCAUUAGAUUUUUAGAUAUGAAAUCUGCCGUAAAAUGGAAGAAAUGGUGGAAGAGGUGGAAGAGGUCCGCUUCAAUGGGACAAAACCACAAGAUUCACCGCAAGCGCUGCUGAUCAGUGCGUAGGCUACUCACAAAGAAGUAUUAUGUUUGUUUUGUUUUUUUACUCGUGUACAGCUUUACUUGUGUUAGGACUGAACACCAUUUUUUGUUUGUCUUUUUACGAAUGAUAAUUAAAGUUCAUCACUUAUUCGACUUCAAUAAAACUUGCGAUUGACAGAAUUGGGUUUGCGAUCACGUGACUAAACCUGCGAGAGGGAACCAAAACCAGCCAA